AUGUUUCUGCGGAAAAUUGUAAAGAAUUUGGUCAUCACCAAAUAUGGGCCGAUUAUUGGGAAUUCUUAUGUGUUGCAAGAUGGAGUGAAAGUCUACGAGUUUCUCGGCAUUCGUUUUGCCGCACCUCCAACUGGAAAACUGAGAUUUGAGAAGCCCCAAGCACCGAAUUCAUGGAGAAAACCGAUGAAAGUGCAAGCAUUUGGGCCAUCCUGUGUUCCAUGUCAAGGAGGUUUCGCGGAAUUCUCCGAGGAUUGUCUUUAUUUGAACAUUUGGACUCCGUCGAUAGCGAUUUCAAAUUACCCUGUUGUUGUCUACAUUCAUGGUGGCGCCUAUCUGGCUGGAUCGGGGGAACAGGAUAGCGAGAGGAUUAGAGAAGUUUACGCCCGAAAUGGAAUCGUUUUCGUGUCGAUUCAGUAUCGUCUCGCGUUUCUUGGCUUUCUUACUUUAAACUCCACCGAAUUACCGCCAAAUUUGGGGCUUUGGGAUCAAAAUUGGGCUUUACAAUGGGUACAGCAAAAUAUUCACAAUUUUGGAGGUGAUCGAAAGCGAGUCACCAUUUGGGGUCAAUCAGCCGGUGGGAGUUCAGUGGGACAACAUACCGUUUCUCAUAAAUCUCAAGGCCUUUUCGCUCAAGUCUUUGAGAUGAGCGGUUCACCGUUGGCUGAUUUUGCACGCGGUCAAGAUGUCGCUGAAAACAGUCGUGAAAUUAUAGCUCGACUGGGUUGUUCGACUAGAGAAAAUGUUAAAGAUUGCCUUCGCUUGAAAUCUCUGAACGAUUUUUUCGCGGCCGUCGGGACUUGCUUGCCAAAUGAUUUCAAUUUUGCACUUUUCAGUCCAAUGGUUGAUGGAGAUUUCUUUGAGGAACAGCCAGAAGAAGGUAUGAAAAGACUGGCAGCAGUCCCAACGCUAAUCGGUCUCAAUCAAAUCGAGGGACGAUCAUUCACUUUGAGUAAAGGUUUUCCGUUCUCUUUGUCGCCAAAAAUGUUCAACAAAAUGACAAACGAGACGUUGAUUGAAUGGAUUAAAAAAUGGGUGACAAGUAAAGGAUAUGGAAAAAAAGCAGAUCAAGCAACUGAGGAUAUUUUCAAAUUCUAUGCUCAUAAUCACUCCAACUCUAGCUCCAAUUUCUGGGUGGAACAAUAUGCAAAGCUUUAUAGCGAUUAUUGCUUUAAUGUGCCGCAAAUUCGUGAAGCUGUAUUGAAAUCGAAUGCAAAAGCAAAAGUCUGGGCUUUCCUUUUCGAUCACUACAAUCCAGCGAGGUGGCCAACAGAUUGGCCAUGUCAAGGUUCUGCCCACUCCACCGAAGCCCCUUAUUGUCUACGGAAACCUUUCUUCGAAAUGACCAACGAUGACAAGAAAGUCUCCAAAAUGAUGCAGAAUUUUAUUCUUGAAUUUGUGAAAACGGGGAUGCCUGUUAUUCCAUCGAUAACCUGGGAAACGUUUUCCGAUGAGUCACUAGCGUAUCUCAGCUUCAAACCAACACCAACAAUGGAGAAAGGCUAUUUCCUCGACAGUUACACAUUUUGGACGAAAACGAUGACCAAGUAUGACUACGAUUUUAUCACAAGAAGGAAUUGGAGUCGA